AUUCACUGCGUGCCGGCAAAAUAGCUCCCAUCUCCAAUUCCACUCGCUCAGCUGUUCUACCAAUUUUGUUAUGAAAUUUAUUUGAGUUCCGCGUAGAAAAUGCUGCGUUUUCUGACGAGGACAAAAGCCUUUAGGCAAUUGAUGCCAGCGACAGGUGCAACUCCACCAGCAUCCCGCUUCUAUGCGAAAAAUCAGGGAGCAGCCAGCCAGAAAUCGGAGGAGGACGUGGUCAGCAAUGAGCCCAUUAAGUUCUUCGGCAGCCAGGCGGCCACUUGGCGGGCCAAGGACACCCGGAGCGGAGGAAGCGAUGAGUCGCUGUGGUACCAGCCCUACGUGAUCUCCGCAAGCUUGGCCGUAUUCCUCCUGUAUUUCUGUGCCCUGCGAGAGGAGAGCGACAUAGAUCUGCGGCUGGAAGGCAACUUGUACGACCAUGUCAGCGGCCUGGAAGAGGUGCAACUCACGGUCAACUACAAGUACAACAAAGAGCACGGACUGGACACCAAGGAGCAGGAGAAUCGGCUCAGGGAACUGGGCAUCGAUCUGGGCCAGUUGGACGCCAAAUUGGCCGCCCAGUAGUUUUAGAGUUGCCUAAUUGUACGUGUUUUGUUUCGUUAGUGAGCAAGUUGGCUAAAAUUCAUCAUUUUUGGCACUUGAUAAAUAACUAUAAAAGUGCAGAGCUUUGUAGAAAAAUAUUGUGGUAGAAAGCACUGGAUAUUCAUAAUGCUAUAAUUUUUAACAAUUGUACGUCAUCGGGAGCAAUAAUUUUCGGACAUCAAUAGAUUGCUGGAGACUCUACAUGGGUACUCAUUUGUUGCAUUCUAAACAAUAUAUUAAUAAACUUCCCGAAUGAUGAACAGCAUAAUGAAAAAUCUGGACCAGAAACGAUGGUCAAAAAGUAUAGACUUUACUUAGGCCUUGCGGCUUAUACAACAAGCGGAAAAAAACGGGCUGUCCAUAAAAUAAUGUUCUAUCAAUAAAUCAACAAUUAUUAAGUUCA